AUGAUGUACGCUACUCAAAACAAUGAACUGCGGUACGUCAUCCGACGUAUAACUUCGUGGGUUGGCCGUAAAGUUAUCACUGAAAAGAAAUCAAUACCGGAAUUAAAGAAAAAGAUAGGUAUACUUGUGGUAAAUACCGGUACGCCGUCUGGAUAUGAUUAUUGGACGAUAAGGCGCUAUCUGCGAGAAUUUCUCAGUGAUCGACGAGUUAUCGAAUUACCUCGAAUCCUAUGGUGGCCCAUUUUGUAUAUGUUUAUUCUAACAGGAGGACCGUUCAUCAUAGGGAGAUACUAUAAAUCGAUUUGGAAUACGGCAAAGAACGAAUCACCAUUACGCACUAUGACCCGUAAUCAAGCAUCUAAAUUGACUAAUCGUUUGCAUGAUCAAUCGAUCAUGGUUGAUUGGGCAUUUCGAUACGGUGAACCAUCAAUUGGUUCUCGAAUAUGUAAAUUGGAAAAAGAAGGAUGUGAUAAACUUAUUGUAUUUCCUCUAUUUCCACAAUUUUCUGCGGUUGCAAAUGCCUCCAUUUUCGAUGAACAACGUCAUCAAAUGAUUUUAUCAGUGGUGCCACCGUUUUAUGAUAACGAAUUGUAUAUCAGAGCAAUUCUUAAACAUCUGAAUUCCGCCCUAAAAAGAUUUCGAGCACCACCGCAAAUAAUUAUUGUUUCAUAUCAUGGGAUACCGUUAUCAUAUCAGUCUAAUGGUGAUCCAUACGGGUUCCAGUGUAAAUAUACAACAAAACUCUUACGACAAAGAUGGCAAACUUCAGGCUGUGACUUAAUAACGACAUUCCAGUCUCGAUUGGGACCCGGCGAAUGGUUGAAGCCAUACACUGAAGAUACCGUCAUCGAAUUGACCAAACGUGGAGUGAAACGAAUUAUGGUAAUUGCACCCGGUUUCUUUAGCGAUUGCAUGGAAACAAUGGAAGAAUUGGAACAUCGACUUGCCGAUUCAUUCCGGAAAUAUGGUGGAGAAGAAUACGUAUACGUGCCUUGUUUGAAUGAUAGCACGGAUGCAAUCGACAUUCUUGAAUCGCUUUCUCGGAAACAUAUCGAAUGUUUUCUGUGA